UAGCUGUUGUGGCCACUCUAAUGGUGGCAGCUCAUAUAUAGCACUUCGUAUCCCGCCGUGCUUUUCAGAAUACAGCAGGCUGCAGUAUCAGCGUUCAGCCUAACGAUGAUAGACGACAACAUUGUGAUAAGUGGUUUCUCUGGAUACUUCCCCCAAGCUGAUCAUCCGGUCGAGCUCAAGGAAAAACUCUACGCGAACGUCGACCUCGUCACAGACGAUGAAGCUCGUUGGCCUCGGGGAUUUCUGGGAUUGCCAGCAAGAGUGGGCACCAUCCGUGACCUGACCCGAUUCGACGCCCAGCUAUUCGGCGUCAACUCGAAACAUGCGCACGUGAUGGAUCCUCAAAUUCGACUCCUGUUAGAGACCUCGUAUGAAGCCAUCGUGGACGCAGGCUAUGAUCCCGCGGCUUUGCGGGGUCGCAACAUUGGCGUCUUUAUUGGCUGCUCCACAUCUGAGUCUGACGAUGCAUUCAGCGUGAACACGGACAAGAUAGACGGCUACGGGCAGGUCGGCAGCCACCGAGCACUGUUUUCCAACCGCAUUUCCUACGCUCUGAAUUUUACCGGUCCCAGCUUCACGGUGGAUACAGCGUGCUCAUCGACACUAGCGGCCUUUAAUCAAGCCGUGUUGGCUAUGCGUUCUGGGCAGUGUGAGGCAGCCAUUGUAGGUGGAAGUAUGGUCGCCCUCAAACCUACUACAACACUAAGCUUCCUGCGUCUUGGUAUGUUGUCACCGGAAGGAAAGUGCAAGACAUUCGACGCUCAAGCCAAUGGCUUCGUCCGAAGCGAAACUGUCGGCGCCUUCUUUGUUCAACAAGCCCACCAAGCUCGUCGAAUCUAUUCCAAAGUAGUACACGCCAAGAUGAAUACCGAUGGUUACAAAAGUGAAGGAUUAGCGUUUCCAUCGGCAAAGCUGCAGGAAAAGCUUUUGCGUGAAGUCUACAGUGAAGCCAACGUUGACCCAAGUAGCGUACUAUACCUUGAGGCUCACGGCACGGGAACUAAGGUGGGCGACCCGGCUGAGUUAGCUGCCGUGAGCAGUGUAUUCUGCAAACCAGGAAGAGCUGGGCCCCUGAAGAUAGGAUCUGUGAAGAGUAAUCUUGGUCACGGCGAAGCAGCUGCUGGAGUGUCUUCUUUGGCCAAAGUUAUUUUGGCUAUGGAGACUGGAACCAUCGCAGGCAACUUGCACUUCAAUGAGCCGAAAAACGACAUUCGAUCGUUGCACGACGGUACUAUUGAAGUGGUGGAUAAGCCGACUCCCUUCCCAGGUGGGGUUGUUGGCGUGAACUCAUUUGGUUUCGGAGGUGCCAACGUACACGUGAUUUUAAAACCAAGACAAGGACCUCACGUAAAUGACAUUGCACGUGAUAAGCCAGAGCUGCCGAGACUUGUUCUCAUGGCUGGAAGAACAAAAGACUCGCUUGAGCGAACUAUGGACCGUGUAGAGAACGAAGGAGCUUACCCGGAUUCUGCCUACGCUCUCCUAAACUUAGUCGGUCAGCCAAGCGUGACGCAGUUUCCCUUCCGUGGGUACGUGUUGGUUCCCGUGGACGGUUCCGGAAAACAAGUUAUGAAAACCGUGACUGAAACGAAAUCGACGAAGCGGCCACUGUGGUUUGUUUUCACUGGAGUUGGAUGCCAGUGGAAAAACAUGGCUGGGCGGAUGAUGCACUUUGACUUGUUUGCACGCUCCAUACAGAGGUCGCACGAGGUGCUCAAGCAGGUUGACAUGGACCUCAUAGAUCUGCUAACAUCAAAUAACGACGAUGUGUCCGUCGCUGCCCUCUACGGAUCUAUUGUCGCUGUUCAGGUGGCACUCGUGGAUAUGCUCUUGGCUUUGGGAAUUAGGCCAGACGGCAUGGUAGGCCACUCUCUGGGAGAGAUCGGCUGCGCCUAUGCCGAUGGAUGCCACACAGCCGAAGAGGCUGUACUGUCUGCAUUCUGGCGAGGGCACUGCGUGGAGAUGGGCAACCUGCCUAAGGGAGCUAUGGCCGCAGUUGGUCUCUCGUGGGAGGAGGCUACAAGACGCUGUCCAGACGGCGUGCAGCCAGCUUGCCACAACGCCGAGGAUUCUGUUACAGUGUCCGGAGUUGCUGAAGCAGUAGCUAAGUUUGUAGAAGAGCUAAAAGCUGAAGGCGUGUUCGCGCGAGAGGUAGACAGCUCAGGCGUGGCCUUUCACACCAAGUACAUGGAGAGCGUCGCACCGGCCUUUCUGGAAGCCAUGCAAAAGAUCGUUACGAAACCGAAGCUCCGCAGCAAGUCUUGGUUGAGCACAUCAGUGCCACCACACCGCUGGCAUGAGUCCCUUGCUCAGAGGUGCACACCAGAGUACCACGUAAACAACCUUAUAUCACCGGUGCUUUUCUUCGAAGCUCUGCAACAAGUUCCCAAGGAUGCCAUCUUGGUUGAGGUUGCACCCCACUGCCUUUUGCAGCCCAUUGUAAGACGGUGCGCAGGCGCUGAGGCCACUUGCCUUGGCCUGAUGAAGCGCGACGUGGACAACCUGAACUUCUUCCUGAGCUCUUUGGGCCAACUGCACUCGCUGGGCGUGCAGUUCGACCCAUCUCCGUUGUACCCGCCAGUGCCACUGCCUGUACCGCGUGGAACUCCAAACAUCGCACACCUCGUCAGCUGGGACCACUCUCAGCAGUGGGCAGUCGCCAAAUGGAAUGAUUUCGCUACGUCGGCCCAGCUGUCCGAGGAAGUCAUCGAGGUUGACCUCGAGCACCACGGACAAGAUGCAUACUUGGCCGGACAUCAAAUUCAAGGCCGUAUUCUGUUUCCGGCGACCGGCUACAUCGUGAUGGUCUGGAUGUCCUUGGCGAAGCGUUUCGGAAAGCCAUUUGACAAGCUUCCAGUAGUAUUAGAAGAUUUAUCAUUUCACCGGGUCAUCAUCCUGCCUAAGACUGGCACCGUGCGGUAUCUCGUGAACAUCAUGGGAGCAUCUGGAGAGUUCGAGAUUUCUGAGGCAGGAGCUGUGGUCGCCAGUGGUUCCAUUCGUCUGGCUGCGGAGAACGAGACGCUCCUUGACGAAGAACUACUAGGCAUGCCAACCGAAACGCUGACCUACGAGCUCGAUGCCGAGGACAUCUACAAGGAGUUCCGACUACGUGGCUACGAGUACAACGGUCCCUUCCUGGGUAUAAUAAAGGCUGAUAUACAUAAACCAUGCGGGAAGCUCAAGUGGGACGGGAACUGGGUGUCAUUUAUGGACACCAUGCUCCAGAUGAGCAUCCUUUCCAGCUCAAAGCGAGUCUUCAAGCUGCCUGCGAAGAUCCAGUCCUGCCGCAUUGAUCCUAAUAUCCACGCGGCUGCCAUUGAGGAAGCUCAAGAUGGCGGCAUAGACGUUGUCUACGAGGAGUCUUUAAACAUGUGCCAAGCUGGAGGUGUAGCUAUGCAAGGAUUUAAUACAAGCAUCCCGAAACAGCGCAUUGUCAAGAAUACACCCAUUAUAAAUGAGUACACGUUUGUGCCCUACAUAGACAAUGAGUCGACCCAGCAGAAGAGACAAGCUUCCAUUCAAGAAUACAUCGACAUCUGCAAUGGCGUGGCAGCACGUGUUCUCGAGGAGCUAGGCAGCAAUGAGUUCAGUGCCUUUGAACUUAAGGAGCGUAUUUUCCACGUUCCAGGAGAAAGUCUUCCAAUGCUUGUAGAUAAUAAUGCCGAGAACCGUGGCCUUCUGAGGGUCCUUGAUACAGUAGAGGAAAGUAAUAAGACCACAGCUUCGUCAUUAGAAGAUAUCAUUCAAUCAGCAGUGGAAACCUACAAAAAGGACCUUGACUCGGACAUUCUUACGACAGCACUCUUUGAUGAGGAUCCCCUUAGGCACUUCCUUGACGUCGUCGUGGAGAACACUAGCUUCAAGGGACUCCAGGUUCUUGAAGUAGCAGCCCCAGGAACUCGCUAUGUAUUGGCUCCCAGAGUGUCUUCAUUGCUGUCCAUGAGCCAUCUGCUCCUCGAGAUCGACUACACUCUUGCACACCAUCCUAUGGAUAACAUCACGCCAGAGAAUGUCCCACAAGGCACCAAAAUUGUAAAGUGGGAUCCCAUGUCAGAUUCCCAUGAACGACUUCACGAUGCUAACCUGACUGCGACCUGUUUCAGCCCCUGGAGUUCAUACAACGUCGAUAUCCUUGUUGACAAGCUCUCAAAGCUGUGCAAAACGCAAGGCUUCGCCCUUAUCUUCCACCGUACUGAUAUGACACCAGCAGAAAGACUCAUAUCAUCACUUGGAAAGUGUGAUUUUACGGUGCACACCAUCCAAAAUAUGGAAUCACUGUUCCGGUCGUACGGGUUCCAGCUGGUGGGCCAAAAGUCGAACAACAUUUCUGCACUACUUCUGUUCAGAAAAACGGGCGUGAUUGCUGAAGCAGCUAAGCCACUAGUCCUCAGGGUUAGCAAUACCAGUUAUGAAUGGGUCGAGGUACUUAAGAUGCAGGCUCCAGAAGUGGAACAAAAGCCGCCAGGUCAUAAUCUCUGGCUCCUCGCUGAAGAUUGUGGUAUCAGUGGCGUGGUUGGCUUGACAAACUGCCUUCGCCUGGAGACUGGCGGAAGCCGCAUUAGAUGCUUGUUCAACGCUAGCUUGAAUACGUCCAACGAAACUGACUUUAGCCCAAGGAACCCAGCCUACAAUGACAUACUGACGAAAGACCUUGUCAUGAACAUCUACCGUGACGGGCAGUGGGGAUCCUUCAGACAGAUGAGCCCACUGAAAAGAGGUGCUCCUAAAAUUCCCGCAGAGUUCGCCUGUCUCAACAUGGAAAUGCUCGGGGACUUGUCUAGCCUACAGUGGUACGUGUCACCGCUGCGCUAUGCUCACCCCUCCAAUUCAACCACAAAAGCCCUCUGCACAGUUUACUAUGCUUCGCUCAACUUCCGAGACGUCAUGCUAGCCGCUGGGAUACUUGCGUCUGAAGCUCUUCCCGGUGAUCUCGCCACUUCUGACUUCCUCCUUGGCAUGGAUUUCUCUGGCACUGACCACCAUGGGCGCAGAGUUAUGGGCCUUGUGCCAUGUGAGGCCUUGGCGACUGCCGUGGCUGUGGACCCGAGUGUCCUGUGGGAAGUACCCGAAGAGUGGAGCCUUCAGCAAGCUGCCACCAUUCCCAUAGCGUAUGCCACAGCCUACUACGCGCUCCUCGUGCACGGCCACAUGAGCCCUGGAGAAUCUGUGCUCAUCCAUUCGGGAAGUGGAGGCGUCGGACAGGCAGCCAUUUCCAUCGCGCUGUCCAUGGGAUGCACCGUAUUCACCACCGUCGGUUCUCGUGAGAAGCGAGAUUAUCUCAUUCGCCGCUACCCGCAGCUGGAAGCAAGAAACAUCGCCAAUUCACGGGAUCUCUCCUUCGAAAAACUUGUGCUCCGAGCAACGAAAGGAAAAGCUUGCCUGCGACCGCCAGAGUCUAUCAAGUACGGGCCACUUAUGUCCAAUAUGUUCACCUUUUGGCCUCGCGUCAACAAGAGCGACGAAGGCCUCGAAUGGAUCUACAGUACCACGGACGCCAUCGGCAGCCUUCUCAUCCCGAAUCCCAAAAUACCCAGUGGUCAGUGA